GCGGCAGCGGCCCGGGCAGUGCUGGGGCAGAGGCUGAGCCGCGGCCGAUGAUCUCAGGGGCUAAAUAUGGAGCUUCGCCUCGGCUGGGCUGGGUGGCUCCUCGGGGCAGCGCCGGGCACACGAGCAGGGGGGGACCUCUGGAUCCGAACGUUACAAGUCUAAGAGCUCAGGACAAGAGCAGCAGAAAUACAUGCAACAUGGUGACUGGAACCCUGAGGACCUUGCAAUAUGAAUAAUUCUCUGGAGAACACCAUUUCUUUUGAAGAAUAUAUCCGUGUGAAGGCACGAACAAUCCCCCAGCACAGGAUGAAGGAGUUCCUGGACUCCCUUGCUUCCAAGGGCCCAGAAGCUCUGCAGGAGUUCCAGCAGACAGCCACCACCACCAUGGUGUAUCAGCAGGGUGGCAACUGCAUUUACACGGACAGCACAGAGGUGGCUGGGUCUUUGCUUGAACUUGCUUGUCCUGUGACAACCAGUGUCCAGCAGCAAACUCAGCCAGAGCAGCAGAUACAGGUUCAGCAACCCCAGCAAGUCCAGGUUCAGGUCCAGGUCCAGCAGUCACCACAGCAGGUCUCCGCCCAGCAGCUCUCUCCACAGCUAACUGUCCAUCAGGCUUCAGAGCAGCCAAUACAGGUCCAAGUGCAGAUCCAAGGCCAGGCGCAGCAGCAGGCAUCCCAGACAAUACAGAAUCAGUCUCUUCAGAGCCCCAGCCCAUCUCAGCUGCAGGCAGCUCAAAUCCAAGUGCAGCAUGUGCAGACUGCCCAGCAGAUCCAGGCUGCGGAGAUACAGGAGGAACACAUACAACACCAGCAGAUCCAGGCCCAGCUUGUGGCAGGACAGGCCAUUACUGGUGGCCAGCAGAUACAGAUCCAAACAGUUGGGGCACUGUCACCUCCACCUUCCCAGCAGGGCUCUCCACGAGAGGGAGAGCGGAGGAUCAGCACUGCCAGUGUCCUUCAGCCCGUGAAGAAGCGUAAAGUGGAUAUGCCUAUCACUGUAUCAUAUGCUAUUUCAGGGCAGCCAGUUGCCACAGUGCUGGCCAUCCCUCAGGGCCAGCAGCAAAGCUACGUCUCUUUAAGGCCAGACUUGUUAACAGUGGACAGUGCUCACCUGUACAGUGCCACUGGGACCAUUACUAGCCCCACUGGAGAGACUUGGACCAUCCCUGUUUACUCUGCUCAGCCACGUGGUGACCUUCAGCAGCAAAAUAUAACCCACAUUGCCAUCCCUCAGGAGGCCUACAACGCCGUUCAUGUCAGUGGCUCGCCAACAACACUGGCUGCUGUGAAGCUGGAAGAUGACAAGGACAAGAUGGUGGGAAGCACUUCAGUAGUGAAGAACUCUCAUGAGGAGGUGGUGCAGACUCUUGCUAAUUCACUCUUUCCAGCGCAGUUUAUGAAUGGCAACAUCCACAUUCCAGUGGCAGUGCAGGCUGUGGCAGGGACGUACCAGAACACAGCGCAGACAGUGCACAUAUGGGACCCGCAGCAGCAGCAGCAGCAGCCCACACCCCAGGAGCAGGGGCAGCAGCAGCAACAGCUACAAGUCACUUGCUCGGCUCAAACUGUUCAGGUUGCUGAAGUUGAACCACAACCCCAGCCACAGACUUCACCUGAACUUCUACUUCCAAACUCUCUGAAACCAGAAGAAGGGCUUGAAGUGUGGAAAAGCUGGGCACAGACCAAGAAUGCAGAGCUGGAAAAAGAAGCCCAAAACAGGCUAGCACCUAUAGGAAGGCGCCAGCUGCUGAGGUUCCAGGAGGAUCUCAUCUCCUCAGCUGUGGCUGAGCUCAAUUAUGGGCUAUGCUUAAUGACACGAGAAGCUCGAAAUGGUGAUGGUGAACCCUAUGAUCCAGAUGUGCUCUACUACAUCUUCCUGUGCAUUCAGAAGUAUCUCUUUGAAAAUGGCCGAGUAGAUGACAUCUUUUCAGAUCUCUACUACAUUCGGUUCACUGAAUGGCUGCAUGAAGUUCUGAAGGAUGUCCAGCCCCGUGUGUCCCCUCUUGGUUAUGUCCUCUCCAGUCAUGUAACAGAAGAGAUGCUGUGGGAGUGUAAGCAGCUGGGAGCUCACUCCCCUUCCACCUUGCUCACUACACUGAUGUUUUUUAAUACAAAAUACUUCCUGUUGAAAACAGUAGACCAGCACAUGAAGCUGGCCUUCUCCAAGGUGUUGAGGCAGACCAAGAAGAACCCUUCUAAUCCCAAGGAUAAAAGUACGAGUAUCCGCUAUCUGAAGGCUCCUGGCAUACACCAGACAGGACAGAAAGUUACAGAUGACAUGUAUGCAGAGCAGACUGAGAAUCCAGAGAACCCCCUGAGGUGUCCCAUAAAGCUGUAUGACUUCUACCUCUUCAAAUGCCCCCAGAGUGUGAAAGGCCGGAAUGACACGUUUUACUUGACACCGGAGCCAGUGGUGGCCCCCAACAGCCCGAUCUGGUAUUCCAUCCAGCCCAUCAGCAGAGAGCAGAUGGAGCAGAUGCUCACCCGGAUCCUGGUGAUACGAGAGAUUCAGGAAGCUAUUGCCGUGGCUAAUGCCAGCACCAUGCACUAAGGCAUCCUUCUUGGCUCAGAAGGGGUGGGGAGGGUGAUGGGGGAGGGACAAGCAAAGAGAAAUUGUACAGACUUUUACACUAAAGGAGAUGCCUAAGUUUUUGGUUUUUUAUUGGUGUAGUUAUGAAGCCCUUUUAGGCUUCUUCUCUUUAAAAAGAAUCUAAAGGAAAAAAAAACCUACCCAUUGUGUAUCCUUACCCAACACACCGAACUGUUGGAACCAUUGGAGGCUGCAUAUCCCUGGGAGCUGUGGAAAGCUGCUGGUUGACUCUGGGUUGUUGUGUUUUUUUAUGAUGUAGAAAACAUGAACCCACAGGAUUGGCCUGGCUGGCUGGGGCCUCUGUCUCCUUGGAGCACGUGCAGCCUAGAGGGCACAGAAUGCUGGAUGGACCUGCUCAGCCAGUGGAGGAGAGGCAGGCAUCUUCUUUUCUUGUGCUUGGACGUUAACUUGCUGUUAUCUUGGAAGGAAGAGGAGAGAGUGAACUGCAGUUGUGAUUUAUACAAAAACAAAAGCAAACCAACGAUUUCUGUUCAGACCUUUUAAGUGACAUUUUUCGAUGUUAAAGUACAAACUUUACCACACUUUUGUUUGGUUUUUUUGGCCUAACGGUGAGGCCUUAAGCCUUCAGGCUCUGUGCCUGAUGGAAGUUUUGUAACAUACACUUGUGUAUCAUAUAAAGAUACCACCCUGUUUCUCUUAUGUAUUCUUACUCUAGUUGUUUAUUAAGAAUGACGAGCACGUCUUUUCAACUUGCCAUUGAACAAUGUGUCUUUAUUUGGGGAAGAGUGAGCUGUGAGGGUGGGGGGGUCAUUAUAUAAAGGUCAGUAUGCAAACUGGUUGUUUUCAUCCCUGUUUGUGCUUUCCAGCUCGACUCCGCUGGACUUUUCACCUAACUUAGGAAGGUAGAAGGUGAUUAAACUUCUGCUGAAGGACCUGAAUGUCUGCUUGCUGAUGGAAGCUCAGUGUCAGGCUAGGAACAUGGGGUCUGUGAGACCAGCUCAGACUGUCCUAAUGUUCUGUGGCCAGCCUGUGAGGCUUCACCCUUAGGCAAAUCCCCUUAUCCUCACCUUCACAAAUGCAUCACACCAACAGCAUGAUGGAGGGGUGUUGGAGGGAAAAAGCCUUCCAGGAGCAGUACAAUGGCCUACUCCUGCCAUUUAACAGCCUUGUCACAGUUUUUAACACAGCUGUGUAGCUUCUGGCAUCAUCCAUGACCAUAACCCCCAGCCCUUUAGCCUUGCCUUGCUGCAUCUUAAAUGGCUGCUGUAUUUUAUACCAUUAACAAAUAGUCUGCUCUUCUGAAGCUGGCGGGUAGCCAACCAUGCUUGAAAUGGGAGAGCACUCCAGGCUUGUUGUUUGUGCCACCAGCUUCUCAGCUGUGGAGAGAUGAUUCUGCUUCUUGAACUUGUCUUCCCUGCUUCUCCAUCUCAUGUCCUUUCCCUGUUCCAGAAUAUAUAGAUGCAUAUUUAAAUAUAUAUUACAGUAAAAGGACUUAAACUCGUGUACAGGCAAGUGGUUUUUCUGAAGCUUGUGUUGGCCAGCACCUGUAUUGAGAAGGAAGGUCUGCCCUCUGUCAGUGUCAAUGUUGAGAGUAGCCACAGUGUUCCCUAUCUUUGUGCUCUUGAGCCGUAUUGAGGUGUGCAGGCUGAGAGACUUGAGCCUCUGAUGCUUUCUAUUGACCUUGGUGCUCAUGAAGAAGCAGCUGUGCUUGAGCUGGUUGUCAGUUUGCUCUCUGUGCUCAAGCAGCUGCAGAGAGGUGAAGUGCAGUGCUCUGUUGUUCAUGAAUACCUGCGCUCUGAAGUAGGCUCUUAGCUCAGUGUCUGCUCCUUGUUAUGGCAGGGGAAAGAGUCUGGGGUUGGUGCCCAGAUUGCAGUGGAUGAGUUGGGAAGAUGGCGCUUGGCUGGUGUGUAGUAACUCAGCUCAGCUCAGCCACGGGGAGCCAGCAGUUGCCCCUGUCAGGGUGGCUGUUGAGAUUGCUAAUGCUGCUUCAGCUGUCAGAAGCCUCUCAUCCCUUUGCUGUAUCUUAGUGACUGCAAUGUCUAUCUCUGGCCCUAGUUAAGUAUUUAAGGACAUGGUUAGGGGCAAGUUCCAAGCAGCUGAGUGUGCUUGUUGCCUGGGAUGCCCGUCAGGCCUGCACAGGGUGCAUUUCUCAUUCUUCUUGGCAAUUUGUCUUCUGAUCAGAGUUGCAAAGAUGUGAGAGACUGCAGGCAGCUGUGCUCAGUGUGUGCUGUGCGGCACUGCAUGGGGAGCUAUUCCAUAUAUCCAGCAUUCCUACACCUCAGCGUGAGCAUGCUGCUUUGUCUACAUCAGAAACAGUGUUGAAGUCAUCUGCCAUAUGCCCAGUGUACAAGUUGCUUCAUUAGGUGCCAUUGGGAGUUGCCUCUUAUUCUAAAAACUGCCAGAAGCUGAAUUCACUUGACAGAACAUUAGGGCAGUUUCAGGUUAGGGGUGAACUGACACCUCCACUGAGCCUUCUGGGGAAACAGAACUCCAUGUUACCUGGAAACUCUGGACUGUGCACUUCCCUUACUGCCCUGAACUGCAGAUGAUCCACAGUCUUUGUAGGGGAAGAAUUCUCCUUGAUCUUGCAGUGUACCAUGUAAGAACUUGGCACGUGGUGAGCUCUGGAGAUCAUCUGAUGGUUGGUUUUGUCCUGAAAAUAUGAAGUGUUUCCAUUUCUCAUUGUCCAGACAUGCACAGGAAAGGGAUUUGCUGAUGUGGAAGUGGACUGCUGUACUGUCUCAUCAGAACGUCCACCGUGUUCACUUCAUUCCCUAUUUUUAGAGACAAUCGAUAUACUGUGACUUAGGGAUUGUUUUCCUGGACCUGGCUUCUAGUCUGGCUCUCUGGAGCUGGUUUAAAAGGUACAGUAUUUCUAGAAUAUAAAUAUUAUGUUCUUUGACAGCGAAGAACAUGAUCUGCUCACUUGUAGGGGCUCAUAGGAAGAUGAGCCCAGAGUAGCACAGAAGAGUGCUGUGGCUUAGGGUUGCUAUCCAAGUUCUGGGACGUGUUCCCAGUCAAACAUGUAAAAUAGCUUUUUAACACUUUCCUAUAUCCAGCUUGACUGCUGCUUUAAGGGCAUUCCCCUUGGCUCCCAGAGUGCCAAACCGCUAGCUCCUGUACGUGUAUGUAUUAAACAGGAACUCUGUGCCCUCUGCCUUGUAUGAGACAGGCUGAAAAUGAUCUCUGCAUAACUAAAGCUGAGAAGUCAAGCUAGAGACCCUGCCUUGGUGGUGUUCAUCUGUGCCCACCUUGUCCCUGUAAUGUGAAAGGAACCAUAGGAAGCGGAGCAUGACUGGCUAUUGUAAAGCACCUCACCUUCUGACAUGAGACUUGUGGGCUGUCUGAUCUCUUGGCACUAACAGCCUUGCUUUCCUAAGAGAACUCAUAGCUGCUUACACACUUGUUCAUGGCACCAUUAGAUGUUUGUUCAGUUCAAGUGGUAAUGGCUGAAGCAGCAGAGAGCAGACUGGAGAGUGGCUUUAUACUCUGACCUAGGGUUGUGAGUAAAGGGAAUGGCAUAAAUAACUUCAAAGGGCUCUCAUCUGUUGCCUGCCUCACUCCUAGAGCUCUGGAUUUUAGAUGGGAUACAAGGUCUGAAGUAGUUCCUGAACUGCCUUGGACCAAGAGAAAAAAAGACUUAAAUCUGAUCCCUAAAUAGGAAUCCUCUUGCGUGCUGCUGCUUCUCAGGCAGAAGUUAAGGACAGUCUUGCUCUGAGCUGCAUCAGGGCUAUGGUCUGCCUUGGUGCACACAGAGGGACUGUUCCAUCUUCAUGCCUCCUGUGCUGGGAUAAGAACAGAUCCAGCCAUGGCAGGAAAGAGCCCUCUGAGCAUUCAUGAGGUGGAGGACUUGCUGAUGCUGUCAUAGAUCAUCCUCUUGCUGGUCUGAGUGCUGCUGGACACGGAUUGACUCUGGCAGUCCAACCAACUGGCAUUCUCAUCUAAGUUUAUUAGUGCCAUUAACAUUUGGCCUCUUGAAUCACUUAAAGCGAGAUAUAAAUUGUCUUCCACCCUACGUGGUGCUUUUCUCCCCAUCUUCUUGCUGCAGCUGCUCCUCUUUACUACAGGGAACGUACCUUAUCCUGAUGCUUCAGCCCAUUCUGUUUCAUGGUGCCAAUGCUUAGGGAAGAGCCUUCUCAGCUCGAGCAUCUUCCUACCUUAAGGAGCAUCUCACAUCUUCCAGCAGUCUCACUGACGCACUGCCCCAACAUCCCUGUCCCCUUCUUGUCUCUUCCCUUCCUUGUGUGGCUGAAGCCUGGCUCUCAGCACUGCAAUCCCUUUGCCUGCAUAACCUCAUGCAUGGCAGCCACACUUGCCUCCCUGUCCAUUCUCCUUUGAGCCCAUCAGAAGGGGGAGGCAGGCUUGACCCCACUUAUAGCAGCAAUAAACUGCGCCUAGAACUUGAGGGCCUUCGAAGUGGAUGGGAUGUGUGGGACAGGCAGGGUCCAGUUGCAGCCCAGAGCCUCGCUUGAUCAUGAGUGUGCAGCCUAUAUGCAAAACACAUCUUGUCUGUCCCUCCUGUGUUGACCCUGGUCUAAACAGCACAUGUGAUUGGCAUCCUGCAAAGUGACCUUCAGAACUCUCCAGUAGCUUUGCCCCGUGAGUAACUCACACUACAAAUCAUUUUAAAGAGAUGCACUCAACUAUUUUUUUAAUUUAAUUUUACUCUUAUAUUCUCUGCUCUUUGUAAUCUGCUUGGAAAUAAAAUGGUUUUUUUCCCUGCA